AUGGUGAUGUCAGCGUAUAGUACAUAUGGCCCGCGGACUCCCAGCCCUCUUUGCGCCCCUUCACAGCUUACGCCUCGACACAUAUCGACACACCACACCUUCGCCGACAUUACCACAGCACUACAGCACAAAAUGACCGGCGUCAUCGGGAUCGAGUUCAAUAUUGACUGGGGCACCUACAAAUGGGUCAUCGCAUACACAUUCACACGAGACGGCGAAAGAAUCGGUGAGCCUUCGUGCAUCUGCAUUGAAGGUCAGUCUGUUGAGGUACCCCAAAUGGCGGCCUGGCUCGGGGACAGAUUGAUUCAAGGAUUCGAACUUGAGCGUGAAAUCAGCAAGAACCCGGAACUCUCGAGCCGUACCAGCGAACUGUACAAGUUACUUCUUUACAAGAGUGCAGAGACUUCUGAGCUCCGCGAGAAUGCCGAAAAGCUCCUAGCUGCACAACCCGGCAACAAGACAUUGGCCUACGAGCUGCAAUGCGCGCUGUCAUACCUAGUCGAUGAUUACUUACGCCGAGGAGUCAACCCUGGACUUCGAAAGGGUCAUCUGAUACUGGUCGCCGACUUGGGAUGUGGAACCGGAGAUUUCGUACUCUACCGACUCACUGACAACUUCAGUGUCACUGGCCGUCUGGAGGCCGUCGACAUGGCAAGCGGUGAGCUUUGUGGAUCUUUCCAAGUCGAUCGGCUGGUCUACGAAUCCUUCCAGGAUCGCAUGAAGCAAGGCUGGCGCACCAGAACUGCCACAAAACUGAGUAUCGGCAAGGCCGACCUUGAUCGCCGCAUGCUCCGGGCGAUCGAGGGCGCGAAAUGUACUUUCAAAGAUUACGAAAAACAAACGCCUACUAGAGUCAUGGGCCUUGACGGCAAGUACCUCAACUUUGAUAUCCUCACGAAAGAGUUCCACGACGCUCUCGAUGCGGUGAUCAUUAGGGUCACAACACAGAUCAACAAACUCUGCUCCAAGACGAAGAAGCCGAACGUAAUUGCUCUGGUGGGUGGUUUCGCGAAGAACGAGUACCUGAAGGCCAAACUACAAGCGCUGUAUGACGACGAGGGCAAGACUGUUGUAGUGCGUCCCACGGACGGCAAGCCGGCUGGAUGCCAACCCAUCGCCAUGGGCGCUCUACUUCGAUAUGGCUGCGUCAAGUCGCAAUCACUCCCGACCAAACACGGAUAUGCAUACUUGGUACGCGAGGAACUGGAUCCAGAAAUUCACACAGACUCCUGCACUGUUCGGGCGAACGUCAAGAAGCUCAAGCGUAACGACACCGCUCCACGCAUGAUCAGGGAGAUUGACCGGGAGCCUUGGGUCCUACCUAGCCCGUUCAAUGACAAGAUCUGGGUUGUGGACGAUCGCCUGCGCAUCAUCGUCCCUAUGGGAACUGCGUGCGAUGCCGGGCAGGAGUUCGAGUACAAGCUGGAAUUCUACCUACGCACGACUGGUCCAAGAAGCACUGGAGAGUUUGUACUGCUCACCGAACACUUCGAGGAACACGAUCGCGCCAAAGACUACAAAGGCAAGAAGAACGGAAAGGACUGGGGAGUGUUGAGAGAAGGCAUCCAACCUUGGGUAACGGUCGACGGCGUCGUUGACGAGAAGAAGCUCAAAGCUGGCGGAUACAAAGUCAUUACCACGGAGAAUGGGGAGAAGUUCUGGAAAGUACCGGUGAAGGUUGUGAUCGAGGUGCGGGAGGACUGCGUGCCGAUUAGGUUCGACAUUCUUGAGCCGGGGGGAUGUGAGGAGGAUGAGGAGGAGGAGGAGGAGGAGGAGGAUUUUAGUGGAGCUACGGUGUUCACGGUUCCGGAUACGGUCUGGGAUGGAAAUCACACUGAGUUUAUAGAGUGA